GCUCCGCUCCUCCCUCUACUGCUCUCCUUCCUUCUCCGCCUCCUCAGCGCUCGGGCUAGAAUAUCUAUGGGGCGAAACGUGAUGCGAUGAAUCUGAGAGAGACCGAAACUGGGACGCGGAACGCGGCGGAAGCGGCGAGACGCCGGGGCCGGGUCAUGGGGGCUUCACCACAAUAGAGGCGCCCCCUCCCCCUCCAGAGCGGACUCCCCCAAAUCUCCCAGUUACAGGAUGGCGGCGGAGGCAGCGGCCCCGUCUCAAAUCGAAGCCGAACUGUAUUACCUGAUCGCCAGGUUCCUGCAGUCCGGACCCUGCAAUAAAUCUGCUCAGGUGAGGAGCCCGGAACCUGAGGAACUCCGCCUGAUCCCGAGGCGACUGGAUUGGCAGGGAAGAGAGCAUCAGAGAAGCUUCGAAGAUCUGGUGACAGCCAAUGCACACAUUCCUCCAGACUACCUCCUUAAAAUUUGUGAGCGGAUUGGUCCCCUCUUGGACAGAGAGAUACCUCAGAGUGUUCCUGGGGUACAGACUUUGCUAGGCGUUGGCCGGCAGUCUUUAUUGAGAGCUGCAAAAGACUGUAAGAGUGCACUAUGGAAAGGAUCUGCUUUUGCAGCUCUUCAUUGUGGCAGGCCCCCAGAGCUACCUGCAGACUAUACGAGAGCCCCAAAUGUUGUAACAAUCACUUCUGCCAGACAGUUAACCGGAUGUGGUCGCUUCAGUCAUAUAUUCCCUUCAUCUUCUUACCAACAAAUGAAGAUGCAUAAGAGAAUUCUGGGUCACUUAUCCUCUGUGUACUGCGUGGCAUUUGACCGAAGUGGGAGAAGAAUUUUCACAGGUUCUGAUGACUGUUUGGUAAAAAUCUGGUCUACUGAUGACGGGCGCCUCCUCUCUACACUACGAGGACAUUCAGCCGAAAUUUCUGACAUGGCCAUCAACUAUGAAAAUACACUUCUUGCUGCUGGCAGCUGUGACAAAGUGAUCAGAGUAUGGUGCGUUCAAACCUGUGCGCCAGUUGCGGUCCUUCUGGGGCAUUCAGCUUCUAUUACUUCCUUACAGUUUUGCCCAGCAAGGAAAGGAACAACUCGUUACCUCACUUCAACUGGUGCUGAUGGAACAAUUUGCUUCUGGCAGUGGCAUGUGAACACAAUGAAAUUCAAGGACCGUCCACUGAAAUUUACAGAAAGAUCCAGGCCUGGGGUUCAAAUUUCUUGUUCUUCCUUCAGUUCUGGUGGCAUGUUCAUUGUUACAGGUAGCACUGACCAUGUGAUUAGAAUAUAUUACUUGGGAUCAGAGUCCCCUGAAAAAAUUGCUGAGUUAGAGUCACAUACGGACAAAGUUGUAGCAGUUCAGUUUUGUAACAAUGGAGACAGCUUGAAAUUUGUUAGUGGAAGUAGAGAUGGAACUGCAAAAAUUUGGCAGUACCAGCAACAAGAAUGGAAGAAAAUGGUGCUUGAUAUGACGACUAAAGCAACAGGGCACAACUUACCCAAUGAAGACAAAGUCAGUAAAUUAAAAGUGACUAUGGUGGCUUGGGACCGUUAUGAUGCCACUGUCAUUACAGCAGUGAACAAUUUUCUCUUGAAAGUAUGGAAUUCCAGCACAGGGCAGCUUCUUCAUAAUCUGACUGGACACGAUGAUGAAGUGUUCGUUUUGGAAGCACAUCCGUUUGACCAAAGGAUCAUGCUUUCUGCAGGUCAUGAUGGGAACGUUUUUAUUUGGGAUCUUGACCGAGGAACCAAAAUUCGAAAUUAUUUUAACAUGAUCGAGGGCCAAGGCCACGGUGCUGUGUUUGAUUGCAAGUUCUCACCAGAUGGGCAACAUUUUGCAUGUACAGAUUCUCAUGGGCAUUUGCUGCUGUUUGGUUUUGGAUGCAGUAGAGAUUAUGACAAGAUUCCAGAUCAGAUGUUCUUCCAUACGGAUUAUCGACCCCUCAUUCGAGAUGCUAACAACUUUGUAUUGGAUGAACAGACUCAACAAGCCCCUCAUUUAAUGCCUCCCCCCUUUUUGGUGGAUGUGGAUGGCAACCCUCAUCCUACAGAAUUCCAAAGACUGGUACCAGGACGGGAACAUUGCAAGGAUCAGCACCUCAUACCCCAACUGGGAUAUGUUGCUAAUGGUGAUGGUGAAGUGAUAGAACAGGUGAUUGGUCAGCAGACCAUUGAUCAAGAUGAGCAUGUUCUUGAUGGAAUGAUCAGGGAACUGCAGAGAGAGCAGGACCUAAGACUGUUGAGUGAAGAAGGAAGUUCAUUUAUUCAUAUUAAUAGGCCAUAUUCUCUUAGUGGAGUACUGAGAAGUCCAAACAUGGACUCUUCCUCAAAUACUGGAUUCCAAUCCACUGACCAACAUAUGGAAGAAGAUGAAGAAAUGCCGAGUUCUUCUCAAGGUCACUUGUCCCCUCCGAGGGAUUUCAUGUCAUGGAACCGAAGAGUAGUGGUCAGUGAGCUACAUCCUGGUGUUAGUCGGGUACAGGAGGAGUGUCGGGUUGCCAAAGGUGAAAGAGAAGUUAAUAUUUAUACUUUUGAAAAGAAAAGAAAACCAUCUCAUACCAUCCAGCGAACUGAUUUUCAACCUGGUAGUGGACGAUCUUUACGAAGAACGCAGCGCAAGCGCCAACAUGCUUACCAAACGCGCUCUACCAUAGAGCAUAAUCCACAAGUAUCGAGUCAAAGUACAGCUGCCCAGGAAGAAUCAGAAAGCUCCUCAGAGGAAGAGGAAACUGGAGGCACUAGCGAUGCAUCUGCAGAUGAUGUUGUAGCUGAAUGGCAAAUGGAAAGUUCUUCCAGUGAUUCAUCAAGUGAUUAUUCUGAUUGGACAGCAGAUGCUGGAAUAAAUCUGCAACCUCCAAAGAGACAAACCAGGCAGACAGCACGGAAAAUAUGUAUCAGCUCUGAGGAAGAGAAUUUAAAGGAUUCUAAAUCACUAGAAGCCAAGAAAAAUAAGCCAAAACAGACAAGAAAAAAGAAACCAAGUGGCCUGCCUGCAGUAGCAGGUGAACCCAGUGAAGAAUGGCUUGCACCCCAGUGGAUCUUGGACACUCUCCCACGCCGUUCCCCAUUAGUUCCACAGAUGGGAGAUGAGCUUAUAUAUUUUAGGCAAGGCCAUGAAGCUUAUGUGCGGGCUGUUAGAAAAGCAAAAAUAUACAGUAUUAAUUUACAGAAACAACCAUGGAACAAAAUGGACCUCAGGGAACAAGAAUUUGUAAAAACUGUGGGAAUCAAAUAUGAAAUUGGACCACCUACACUUUGCUGCUUGAAGCUCGCAUUUCUGGAUCCCAUCUCAGGCAAAAUGACUGGAGAAUCUUUUUCCAUUAAGUACCACGAUAUGCCAGAUGUUAUUGAUUUCCUUGUUCUCCAUCAGUUUUAUAAUGAAGCCAAAGAAAGGAACUGGCAGAAUGGUGACAGAUUUCGCAGUAUAAUAGAUGAUGCAUGGUGGUUUGGAACUGUGGAGAGUCAACAACCUUUCCAGCCAGAGUAUCCUGACAGUUCUUUCCAGUGUUACAGUGUUCAUUGGGACAAUAACGAAAGAGAAAAGAUGAGCCCCUGGGACAUGGAACCAAUUCCAGAAGGAACUUCCUUCCCAGAUGAAGUUGGUGCUGGUGUCCCUGUAUCUCAGGAAGAACUGACUGCUUUGCUCUAUAGGCCCCAAGAAGGAGAAUGGGGGGCUCAUUCUAGAGAUGAGGAGUGUGAACGGAUUAUUCAGGGCAUUGAUCAUCUUCUUACCCUGGAUUUUGCUAGCCCUUUUGCUGUUCCCGUGGACCUUAGUGCCUACCCCUUGUAUUGCACUGUAGUUGCUUAUCCGACUGACCUCAACACAAUUAGACGGAGACUUGAAAACCGGUUUUAUAGGAGAAUAUCAGCUUUGAUGUGGGAGGUACGAUACAUUGAGCAUAAUGCCAGGACUUUUAAUGAGCCCAAUAGUCCUAUAGUUAAAGCAGCCAAAGUUGUAACUGAUGUUUUACUUCGCUUUAUUGGUGAUCAGAGUUGUACUGAUAUUCUGUCCACGUAUAACAAAGUUAAGGCAGAAGAUUUUAUAAGCACUGAGGAAGACGGGGACCAGGACUGUAGCAAUGAGGUGGUACAAGUGCCAGAUGUAGAUUCUGAUGGUCCUGGAACAUCCUCUGGAAUAACAGUAAGAUGCCCACCCAAAACUUCCAUUCAAGCAACUCCUGUUGAAUGGGUAAAACAGUGUAAAGAACUUUUGAGCCUCAUUUAUGAACGUGAAGACUCUGAACACUUUCGACAACCAGUCGAUCAAUUGUCUUACCCGGAUUAUCAAGAUAUUAUAGACACUCCUAUGGACUUCAGCACUGUGAAAGAAACUUUGGAAGCAGGAAACUAUGCCAGUCCUUUGGAAUUUUAUAAGGAUGUUCGCCUAAUAUUCACCAACUCAAAAGCUUAUACUCCUAAUAAAAAGUCAAGGAUCUACAGCAUGACUCUUCGCUUAUCUGCCUUAUUUGAAAAUCAUAUUAAAAAUAUAAUCUCUGAUUAUAAAUCUACCAUCCAGUGUCAGAAGAGGAAACAGCCCCCGUACAGAAAACGGAUCCGAAGCAGCAGUAGUUCACCAAAUAGUAGCAGAGCAUCAAGUCCAAAAGGGAAAAAGAAACAAGUGAAGACAGAGUCUCAAAGUGACCCAAAUACCUCCCUCCCUUUGACCCGGACGAGCUCUUCUGUCUCAUCUCAUGUUUCAGAGCCUGGUGAUGAUCCUGGUGGAUACGUAAUUGAUGAAGCUACUGAGGGACAAAGUUCUUCCAAUCCAAAUGUUCAAAGGCAAAAUGAAAAUAGUGCUGCUCCAAGCAAAAGUACAUCAUCCCAGAGUAAAGUUACAUCAACUGAAAGAGAUCAGUCCCUUGCCGAGCCUCUUACAAAUGGCGAUGGAAGACGGCACCAAAAAGGAAUGAAGAGAAAAUUGAUUAUUACAUCAGAAGAUGAUGAAAGCCAUGAUGAAGGACAGAAGAAAGACAGACGAGAGAGAGCAUGUUCAUCUUCGUCAGAGAGUGGGGAGUCUAAUUCCAGUUCUGAAAGUUCGUGUUGCUCUGAUACAGACUCCGAUUCAAGUUCCAGAACAGACCGUGAUUAUGUAGAGGGAGACCAUGACUACAGCAAAGUCAUUCGUACCAGACCUAAAAGAAAGCUCAGAAAGAAUCUUGCCAGUGGAAAGAGACCUUGGAAGACCAGAGGAAAUGCAGAAAGAGGUAGAUGGGGCAGAUGGGGCCGGUGGAGCAGAGGAGGAAGAGGAAGAGGAAACAGAGGUCGUGGAAGUCGAGGAAGAGGAAAUGGUACAAGGGGGAGAGGAAGAGGAAGAGGAAUCUCCAGAGGAAGCUCUAGAGCCAAACGUUUACGCGUUGCAGAUGAUGAAUUUGACAACAUGUUGUCAGUUCGAUUUAGUAGACUGCCCCGAAUUAAAACGAGAAACCAAGGCAGAAGAACUGUUUUGUAUAAUGAUGAUUCUGACAAUGACAGCUUUGUUCCCGCUGAAGAUCCAUUGAAUCUUGGUACAUCCAGAUCGGGCAGAGUACGUAAGAUGACAGAGAAGGCCCGGGUCAGUCAUCUCAUGGGAUGGAAUUAUUAGUAAACAAACAUUUUAGGUAAAUUUUAAAAAAUCACAUCCCAAUGGCCUUUCUCCUACAGGGAACUUAUCAGGCAAAUCUACCAAGCAAAUUGUGUGGGGACUUUCUGCUUCCUUCCAGUGGUGCUUUUUCAUUAUGCCAGUAUAAGUUUGUUAUGAGACUCGAGCUCUCCACACUUCAAUUUUCCCUGCAAGCCUUACUCAUUAGGCCUUAAAUUAAAGAAAUUCUGCUCCCCCCACACACUACAUAUUUACUAUGUUAAAGGAGCUUCUGGCUUCUCUACAGUAGCAUGACAUUUUUAUCACAAAAAGGAAAUCGCCCUUUUUUGGUUUUGUAUUAUAGAAAUUACAGCACCUUCUUACAGAGUUUUUAUAUAGUUUGUUUUUUGUUUUGUUUUGUUUUGUUUUUUUACCAUUUUGAUUCCUAUACACAGUAAUAAUGAUAACUUUUGCACAAUACACCAAUCCUAAAAGGCAGCUAUAAAAUGUUUACAGUUUCUAUAUUGUAAGAAGGAUCUGGAUUAUUUUAAUCAUCCCAGGCCAAACUUUCACAAAUUGUACUGAGCUGAAGUAUAUUUAUAUGACAGGUUUUGGGGGGAGGGGGAAGGGGAGGGGACCUGAGCGAGAAGGUGGGGAGCUGGGGGGGGAAUCUUGAUAUGAUUUUCAUUGGUUCUUCAUGUUUAAAAGUGAGAAAAGGGUUGGUGCCUUGUAAAUAUGUAGCAAAUCUUUGCUGUGGUGUGUCCUGAUGUGUGCAUUAACUUUAUUAAAAAAAAAAAAAAACAAUACUUGAGAAGUAUCAAAAUCUAGACAAAAGGUGCCAAAUGCAAAAGUUACUUGCAUCUAUUUUCUUUUUCUUAUAUUUUAAUGCAUUAGACAUUGUGUAGCUAAAGGUUAAAUGUCUGAAAAAUUCCUUCUCCGCACAGAGUGAGUUCUCUGAAUACAGUAGCUCAGCUACCUCUCAUAAACUACAACUACUGGAAACCUAAAAGAAAAUAGAUGCAGUUCUGCAUUACUAAGAAGAAAUUAGAAGUAGCCAAUCAUUAGAAAUGCUUUGCUCACAAAUGAUAAGCCAAAAGGUUGUCUUCGAUCCUCUUGGCUCUGACUUUAAUAGCAGUAAUUGUCAGAAUUCCACAAGCCUUGUGUACUCUACCUUAGCUUAUAUUAGAACCUGUCUGUGUAAGUAGUAUAUUGGGCUGUUGUUUUCUAUGUCUCUGCUACUACUUACUAUUUAAUAGAUGUGGCUUUGGUUUUCAUUCAGAUCUUGAAACUUUGAACAUCUAGUUUGCGCUGUGAUGUCCUGACUGACUAAUAUUUGGGGUCAACUUUUGUAGCUUCUGUUCAUACUGUUUUUUAAAAAAGGGCUCUUCUGUUACAGUCUUUUAGAAAAGGACCUGUUGUUGCACUCUAUGCUGAUGUUUUGAACGAUGACUUCCCGGGAUAGGGAAAGACUUGAAAACUCGUGCUCACGAUUACAGCAAUAUAAUUUACAUAUGGUGCCAUAAGAAAGUUUGGGUCAAAAGACUUGUUUUAUUUCUUGAAUUUGAGACAUUCGUAUUCACUGAGUAGCAGGUAUUGAUUGUGAUGGAAUGAAGAAAAUCGGCUCUGAUUCAGCUAGCAGUAGCAGAUUUCUUGGACUUUACCAUUAUUUAAUGGGAUCAGCCUUGAAGCAGUUGAUUCAUUCAGCCAUCCUAAAUCAGUACUUAAUUACAAAGCUACCUACAAAUCAUUCCAUGCUUUUGGAUGCUUUAAUUUUUGAUAAUUCCAUCAAGAGUAAAGGAAGGGGUGUAUACAUCCACAUCCAUACACAAUACACAUGCACGCAUAAAACUUUGGGUAAAUGAAAUGGAGGAGGACAUCCUGGCCUGACAUCCUUGAGCCUAUUUUGUUUUGUCAUACAGAUGAUGUUUGGGCUUAACAGAAGUGGUAUUGUGAAACGUUAAUGGCACUAACUUUGCUUUUUGGUACGGUAAACGUCACUGCUAACUUUCUGUUGUAGUUUUCCUCACUGAUUCUAAACUCCAUUCUAGGUGCAACUUCACUGCCGCAUUUUAAUCAUGGCGUAAAUUCAAGAUUUCUUUUGCAAUCUUGGUCUUCGCGUGGAUUUUUGCCUAUGUGCACUAUUUCAGUCACUCCUCUUUGAUGCACUUGGAAGAGUUUGUGCUAUUCUUUUCCUGGACUUUGCAGUGAGCAGUGCAACAUGGAUACUUCAUUUAGUGUGCACACUCUAAUACAUACCAUCAGAGGUUCUUAGCAUAAAACUCCUUUUUUACAUUCCUCUAUUUAGCUGUAGUAGAAGAGUUGCCAUUUAUGUUAAUCUUAGUUAGUUUAAGCAUUAUUUAUUUAUUUGAAAAAGAGAAAUUGUGUUUAGUCCCCAAGACAUUUUUCUUGAUGUGAGAUUGUGAACUGUGUUUCUUUGAAGAAUUUAGUUUAUGUCUCUUGAAAUACUGUGAAGCUAAUAGUGAAGCAGCAUUUGGCUCAAGUGUGAGUCUUAAUCUUCUGGGUUGGAAUGGUAAGAACAAGACAGCAGCUUGUGCCAGAGCAGAGCAGUCUUUGUUGACUGCAAAACAUCCGUUUGCAUGCAGACCUUCUGGAUGCAUGAAAAUAGCCUCAGUUUGGAGGAGUCUUUAUGUUCAUAUCUGAAUUUUUGUUUUCCAAUUUAGAUAGUAUCUUUGAAAGUCUCAUAGGAUGCUGGUAGAGUUUUUUGAACUUUUUAUUACAUUGUCAUUCCUAUUUUUCUCAGAGCCCAUUUGUUUAAGCAAGACUUUGGGCCCUAGGAAAAGUAAAGUGGGAGAGAUUAAUUGAGAGAAAGGGGGGCGGGGGGGGGAGAUGGACAUACCAUUUUUCAUCCCUAGGAAAGACCACUUAUUUUUAGCUCCAAUAAGGUAUUUCUGUACACACGUCAUGAGCUUGGUCUUUAUAUUGUAGAUGAUAAGUGGUUUAGCAAAGAUGCUAGCCAGCCUAUGGGCUUCCAUCAUAUUAAUGCUUUUAAGAGUCUUAGCAACAAGUAAAUUUAAAACAAAAUGGUUUGCGUGUUUGUGUCUGGAGUAUGUAUUGGGGUUUCUUUUUUUCAGCAAUAAGAACUGUUUUCCCCAAACCCCACCAUCCUGGUUAAUUUUUGCAUUUUUUUAUGCAUUUGCAUGUCCCCCAAAUCUAAACACCUUAUGUUAUUUAGACAGGAAAGGGAACUUAUUCCAUGGUUAUCCAAUUCUUGCAUCUCUACUACUGUUCCUGACUUACCUGCUAGUCGAUCCAGUUUAGGUACGCAUCAGGUGCCUCUGUUGAACCUUAAUCUACUGACCUUUUUAUUUCUCUCUUUGUUUCCUUCCCUGAAGAUCCAGCUUUUUUGUGUUACUUCUCCCAUCCAUCCCGGAAGUGUAGGUUAACCUAAUGAAUAGAAAUCAUAGAAUUUGUUCUGUAAAACUGAGGUCUUAAACAAAAUGUCUAAAUUGGCAAUUUUCUUUUCUCCCACCCCUUCUCCCAAAGCACAUUCAGAAUUUAGUAGUUGUUUCACUUCACACCUCUUCUUCUUCCUCCUCCUCCUCCUCCUCCUCCUUUUUCUUUCUCUCUUUUUUUAAAGUUUUCUUUCUAUGGCUCACUUCCCAUGUAGCUUUAUUGAAAUUGGAUGAUAUGAAUACCACUGCUGACAUUGUUAAAUUCAGUUUUUUUGAGCCUUUUCACAGGUAUAUUAUUCUGGCUUCGAUGGUAAGUUGACAGUACCCUUUUGCUAGUUUUGCGUAUCUUGAGAAUGAGUUCAUGCAGUUUUAUCAACAGGUGCUCACUUAAGACUUUGGGAUUUUUGCACAAUUUUUAAAACAUCUCAAGUUAAUUAUAAUUAGUCAUUUGUUAUUGGAAUGUUAAAUGAUGAUCACCAUUUUUUGAUUUUUGAAAUUUACACUAUUUAGGAAAGAUCACAUUUUUUUAUAUUUAAUAUCCAUUUUUGACAGUUAAUUGGGCGAUAUUUUAUGGUACCUGAACAACUGUCAAAACCAUAUUGGAAAUAGAAUCUUGCAACAUCUUUCCAAAGAAUUUUUGCUUUGGAAAAACAUCUUGGGAGAUUUUUCAUGCCCUUUCCUUUAUUUUUUUAUUUGACACGAAAGUGAUUAUUUCCAUGUUACAAAAAUUUUUUUGAUGCCAGUAUGAAGAUUAAAGCCAUUUUUCUAGGUGCUACAUUUAUGCCAUACAAGUGACACUCAGAUCUCCCUAAUAUUUGAGUUUUUUUAUCUGUGUUCUUAAUCUCUCUCUCUCCUCUCCCCUCUCCCCUCCCACACCCCCUUCCCACCAUCUUCUUGGUGUUCUCAUGCCCAGUUUCUUUAUUUCACUUGCUGUGAUAUAAAACUGCUACCUACAUUAGCACAAGUCAGCAGGACUGGCAAUUGUGUAAAUAGAAAUUCUCUACAGCUUAGAAUUAAAUAAGGUGUGUUUGUCUGCCUAACUAUAUACUCAGUUGUUAUUGUAACACUUAACUUAAACCUAGAGAAGGAGACCUUAAUGGAUUAAGAAGAGAAUGAUUAGUACUUUCUAGAAAGCAAAAUUGAAGGAUAGCAGACUCCUUAGAAAUCUAGGUUGGGGAAUAUUUUUACAAUUCUGUAUAAAAAGACAUUAGAUAUUAGGAGGUACUAAAAAUUCGAAUUCUUAACCAAUAGUGUGUGGUGAUGGCAAUCAGGAAAUGACUUUUUUUGUCCUGUGUUUUGUCACUCUGUUCCUUUGUAAGCCCCUAAGUAGUAUUUAACAGUACAGCGAUCUGGUUCUUAGGGUCCAUGUUUUGAGAAGGGAAAUGACCCUGAAGUAAUUGAUAUAUUGUUUUAUGAAUAAAAGGGUCUAUGAAACUAAAAUUUCAGUGAGGAAGCCAAGCUAGUGAGAGUUCACUUUCAAAACAAAACAAAACUGGUUAAAGGAACAUUUUCUUUAGAAACACUUGGGGCGGGGGCGGGGGGGGGAUACUGGACUAACUCACUGCCAAAAUGCACUCUUGCUACUUUAUGCCUUAACUCAUGGUUAUGAGGAGAGUCGGUAGCAAAGCGUUAAGAAGAUGGCAGAUAACACUGGGAAUUUCUUAUUGUAGGUCCAGAUGGGAACUUGAAUAGUUAGAAAAAUGUCAUUUCUUGGCGUUUACAUUUUUUUUUUUGGUUCUUUCUCUGCAAUAGAAUGUUCUUAAAAUGUUGUUUACCUGAGAGACAUUAAGGAGCCUCCUGCUAUCUAAGAGAAGGAAGGAUUCUCCUUCACCUGGAAAUAGUUACUGCUAAUAUGUUUGGGGUCACUUUUAGUGGUGGUAAAUCUGAUGUUUACACUUGAAAUGUGGGCGGCUCGCUGUGUUAAAAUGUCAACCUUAAAAACUUUAGUCUCAACACUUUUUAAGUGUUUUAGGUCUCAAGACUGAGAUGUUUCAGACCCUCCUCUGGCUCACAAGAUUUUCUAGCUGAGCCACAAAGCCCUGAAAUUUUUGAUUUUUUUUUUUUUUUUUUGGCAGAAUAGCCUGCAGUCUUAACUGUAAUAUUUUAAGUGGUGCUUUACUAAAAUGUGUGGGGAGGGCAAAGGGUGGAAAGUUUGUGGUGUUGGGUGGGAUUGGGAGGGAUAGAGGGGGGUGGGGGUGACCAUGAGCCAGAAGCUGAAGGAGCUAACACUCUGUCAGCUAAUAGGGACUUUUCAGCCUAGUUCCUUACCUUCUGUGUUUAGCCAUGUACUUCCCUCCCAGUGCCCAGAACUUACUUCACUGGCUUCAAGAUUAUUUGGCUGGCCAAGGAUCGGACUACACUUUUACGCAUUUCCUUUCUGUUAUACAAAAUUCAAGAAAUAAACUAUUUUAAGAAAUCUUAUCACCCAUCUCUUUCUGGCACCCCCAGUGGCUAUGACAAUGGCCUUUAGCUGAUAGGAUUGGGAGGGUUAAAAAAAAAAGCUGUUUGUUUUUAUUAGGUUAAAAACUCCAUUUGAAACAUUACAGAAACAUUUUUCAAACUUCCUUGGGUCUUAAAAUUUUUCCUAUAUUGUUUCUCAUUAGGAAAAAAUAAUAUAUUCUUUACAGCAGUAUUGAUUGGGCAAGAUCACUUUGGACUUAAUUUGUGUUUUUGUUUUUGGUUUUGUUUUUCUUUUUUCCACUUGAGCUCAGAACAAAGUUUAAGUACUGUCUAACCUCUUAAAAUUUUAUGUGUUCCUGACAGUUUAAAGCAGGCCACCAAAAAUGCACAAAAACAGAUUGAACUAAGACAUUUAGUUUGGGUGUUGAUUUUCAAGGGAUAUUUAUGCCCAUAUAUUUACAGCCUCAAUCUCAGGUCCCUUUAAAUAAAUAUACUUCAGGGAUUUUUAAUGCCACCCAAUGAUGGCAGACCAAAUGUAAUAUUUAUAUGCAAUGAGCUGUUAGUGUUUGUAUUAUAAACAUGUAAAUCUGUAAAUUUUGGGGGGAGUUCACUUAUGUAAUUUGAGAUGUUAUCGUUUUCCAGCUGUCUUAAUAAAAAAAAUAAAACUCUU